AUGUCUCUCACUAGUUCUUGGAUCUUUUCUCUUUCUUCCAUGGCUAUAAAGAUCAUCAGCAUUCAAGUUCUAGGGCAAGAAAUCUUAUCAGAGAAGAAGGCAUCUCCAAGCUGGGAUGCGGAGCCCCUCCCAGAAGUGGAACAUCAGGAGCAGGGACUUGAGAGUUCACCCUUGGAUCCUGGGGAGCUGCUUGGCCACACGGUGAAGGAGGAACCAGAGCUAGCUGUAGCUGCUUCUCAGAUUCCUGCACGACCUGAGGACAGGCUUCUGGGAGACCAAGACUUGGGAGCAGUGCUCCUCCCAGGAACACCACAGGAUCAGUGGAGGCAUCUGGAUUCCACUCAAAAGGAGCAAUACUGGGAUCUCAUGCUGGAGACCUAUGGGAAAAUGGUCUCAGGAGGUGUUUCCACCUCCAAACCCAACCUGCCUAAUUCAACAGAGCUUGGGAAAGACCUGACAGGAUUGCCCCCCCAUAUUAGUGAGAAGAUUGCAAGACUCACCUGUGCAGGAGAAAGGCAAGAGAAUGACAAAGAGAUCCUGAACCUGGCAGAUCACAGGGCGCCUGAAGCUCUGGAAGGCCCCUGCCAGGCUUCUGGGGAGGCCCCUCCCCAGGCGGCACUCAGGGGCUUCUUUAGUGAGGAGGAUAUGCCAGGCUGCUUUGUGGAAGGAGAGCGCCUCCCUGAGGCUCCAGAAAACCUCCAGGGUGAGGGGUCAGGAGGACAGAUUUCUCCACACGCAAGGAGUUCUGGGAAACAACUAGGUCAUUACCUGCCUCCCCCUCCAGGUGAGCUGUCUGCCCUAUGGCUGGAGGAGAAGAAAGAGGCCUCUCAGAAGGAGCAACUGAGAGCCCCCCUGGCCCCAAAGCUCCCCACCUGCAGGGAGUGUGGGAAGACCUUUUACAGGAAUUCGCAGCUGGUUUUUCACCAAAGAACCCAUACUGGUGAGACAUACUUUCAGUGCCCCAUCUGCAAAAAAGCCUUUCUGCGGAGCUCAGACUUUGUGAAACAUCAGAGAACUCACACCGGGGAGAAGCCCUGUAAGUGUGAUUACUGCGGGAAAGGCUUCAGUGACUUCUCUGGUUUGCGCCACCAUGAGAAAAUCCACACAGGGAAGAAACCCUAUAAAUGUCCCAUCUGUGAGAAAAGCUUUAUUCAGAGGUCAAACUUUACUAGACAUCAAAGGGUUCAUACAGGAGAGAAACCUUAUAAAUGCUCCCACUGUGGCAAAAGUUUCAGCUGGAGCUCCAGCCUUGACAAACAUCAGAGCUCCCACUUAAGGAAGAGGCCUUUCCAGUAGUCACAUCCCAGCUCCAUCUGCGUACAUUCUGUUCCACCCGGAACUGAACCCUGGGGGACAGCCUGCUCCAUUUUUCGUGGAUUGCACAGGAACAACCUGGACAUGAAUUUGGACUUGAAGAUACAUUGUUGGCCUCUGGACUGGAUUUCAUGGUGGUUUAGUUUCUUCCUUUUGCAUCAGGGGAAAGAAUAGUCUUUAUGUUUUGUUUUAUCUCUUCUUUUGGAUUCCUUGGGACAAAACCUCUCACUGAUUUAGUUUUUGGAGGUGCUUGUUGGGGAGGAUUUCAGUGGAGUGGCUGCUCACCCAGAGAACCUGGAUCAGCCCCUAAGAACUGGGGUUCUAGAGCAGGUCUGCUAUAAAAGGGGAGGCAUGGAGGGUCCAUGGCCACAUGCGUGCUCUUGGGUCGUGUGGGUGGAAAAAUAACCUCAACUGUCCCUUGUUUGCAAUAAAUUGAGUCAAGCCA